UAGAAGUCACAACGGUACUAGACUCACGCAAGAAACUUUCAGUAGCUGGAGCCUUGACAACUUUCUCAGCGACAUUGUUGGAGGUUUGUGCAGUUCUGGCUCACCGGCCCGCUCAAGCAAGUGUAUCCCGGAUUAUCUUGCCUACAAAUUUGCACAGAAUACUUGUCGAACAGCUGGGACCAACGGGGCCUCGCGGCAGCGUCUGUCUUUAAGCGCGAAGCUCGUGCGCUGUGUUCGCGCGCCGGCAGCGCUUGUGGCGAAUUGGCGCGCUAUCGGAGCCAAGAGGUUGCUGGCAAGAGCAGAGCUAGCGCGCUUGUGGCCUUGUCUUGAGGGGCCAUCCGGCGGGGCAGAGUGGUCGCUCUACAAAUGACGUCUGACCCAGCCUUCGUAGAGACGUGCCAACGAUGGCUCAUGUUCCACUACCACUGCAAGGACUGCUACCAGGCCGAGGACCGGUGCGAGUACGGCAGCACGUGUGCCGGCGGCAAGAGCCUGUUUCAGCACGUGGCGGGCUGCAGCCGCGGCGACUGCACGCACCCGCGUUGUGGGCUGAUCAAGGACAUCCUCAACCACCACGACUCCUGCAAGGACCAGGGAUGCAACGUGUGCGCGCCAGUGCGUUCGUACCACCAGACCCGCAGCAAGCCCCCCACCUCCUCACCCGCCACCUCCUCCGGGAUGGCGGCGCCGCCGCUGCCGCUGCCGCCGCCGCCGCCGCCGGUCGGUGACGGUGCGGGCAACCCAGACGAGGUGCCCUCCACGCCGCUUACGGAGAUGCUGAUGCAGGUGUUGAAGUCAUCAGACCCACUGCCGGUGCUGCCGCCCCUGACGCCGCAGCUGCAGCCGGGCGAGUCCUCACACCCACUGCAGCCGUCCCCGCCCGAGGGCUCAGACGUCAUGGACACAGCACAGCAGCAGCAGCAACGACAGCAGCUGCUGCAGCAACAGCAGUCCUCGGCCGCGGCCGGUAUGGAGCGCAGUCACUCCCUGCCGAUGCUGCCGGCGCUGCCGGCACAGAUGCAGUCGCAGAUGCAGGCGCCAGUUGCCUUCGCCACGCCAAAUGGGCAGCAGGCCCCGUCCCAACAGCAGCUACAGCAGCUACUGCAGCUGCAGCAGCAACAGCAGAACCAGCAGGGCCGGAAGAUGGGAGGCCUGUUUGAGGCGCGCCAGCGCGAGCACAAGCGCCAAGCCACGGAUGUGGGUCAGGGCGCAAACUUCAGCGCAGGCGGGCUGCAGCAGCUGCUGCAGCAGCAGCAACUGAAUGCGCUGGCGGCGGCACGCGCGUCCGCGCCCACUUCCAGCGCCAGUGGAGCUGGCAGCGGGGGCGGGGGCAUGCCGUCGUCUGUUCCUGCUGCCAUGUCACACUCUCUCUCGGCGUCUCUGGGUGUCACGGGCCCUGGCGAGCUUCAGGCAAUGUAUUUGCAGGAGCUGCAGCAGGGCGGCGGCGGCGGCCACAACGGCAGCGGCGCUGCCGCACCGGCGGUGUCGCCGUCGGGGCCGCCGGGCACUCACGCGCUGCAGCUGCAGCAGCUGCAACAACAACACCAGCAGCAACAGCAGCAGCUGCAGCAACAGCAACAGCAGCAACAGCAACAGCUGCAGCAGCAACAAGCCGCUGCCGGCGAGAACUCGUUCCAGCGCUCGAGCAUGCCCAGUAUUCCCUACACUGGCCAAGCCCCGCAGCAAUCGCAGCCGGGUGGGCCACAGCAACAACAGCAGCAACAGCAGCAGCAGCCGCAGCAACAGGCGGGUGGCGGCGUCCUGGUGUACAGCAACGGUGUCGUCGCACACGCGGUGCCGUCGCAGCCACUGAUGGUGUCGGGCCUGGGCGCCUCGCACCCGCACAUCAGCCACCACGGCCCCUCGCCUCUGGGCUCUGGCGCGGCCCUGGGCAACAACGGCCUGCACGCGGCGCACCACCUGGCAGCGUUGCCUGGCGGCGGCGCCGCCACUGCCUCCUCAGGCGCCAACGACGCAGCCCCUGGCAGCUUGCUGGCAGCCUCUCUGCCCUUCGGCCUGGGCCAGACAGGCAUGCAGGGCGCCGCCGGCGGCCCCGGCGGUCCUGGCGCCCUGAACGGGUUCGCGCUGGCAGCCAAUGGUGCGCCGCCGCCGCCACCCGGCGCCGGUCCGCAGUACGUCGCGCUGCCGUACGGCGGUUACGCCCAGUUGGCGUCGCACGGCGGCGUGACGUACACUAUCGUGCACCACCCGCACCCGCACGGUGCCAUGGGCCCAGGGUUCGCCACGGUGGGCUCGGCGCCGGGUGCGGGCGGCCCGCCCGGCGGGGCGCAGAGCUACCUGAUGAGUCUGGGCGCGCCCGGCGGCCCCGGCGGGCAGCAGGCGGGCUGGUCCAUGCUCCAGCACCCCACUGCAGGCACACUGCUGCAGACGCACCCGAUGCCCAUGCACGCCGCCGGUGCGACUGGGCCGCACGGGCUGUCGGCGGGCAACCCAGCCACCAUGCACUACGGUGCCCCCGGCCUGGGCCCAGCUUUGUUCGGAGGCGCGGGCAGUGUCGCCGGCGCUGCCGUCGCCGCAGCCGCCAUGGGCCAGCCGGCGACACACCUGCACCCCUCGCAGCUGCAGCAGCUGGCGGCGAUGCAGCUGGGCGGUGGGUUGCUGGCGCCGGGGGCCGCGGGGCAGCUGCACCUGACGGCGCAGAUGGCGGCUGGCGCCACGUGAAGCACCGACGCGUGCAGUGGGUAUCGAGUUGAGAGACUUCGGGAGUGCGGUGGGCUUUAAUAAUUUUUGUUCUUGUACUGGCGGCUGAUGUGCAAGACAAAUGCUGGGCCUGAUACACACAUGCUGCGUGCCUGAUAUGCGUGUUACUGCCAAAGGCAUCACUCAGUCCGCAGAUAUUGUAUCUUGGUGAACAAAAUAUGAGACGGCGCGUGAAAUGUGUGUGUGAGUGUGUGUGUGUGUGUGUGUGUGUGUGCGUGUAUUUGUGUGUGUAUGCGCAUGCGCUCCGGCACAUAAUGGAGCCCUGCGCGACGGCUUAUAUCCAGACUUUGCUGUGUGAGCGGCUUGAGUCUCACUGUGACGACUCGCGACGAUGACGGGGAGUGGGAGCAUUGAUUCUUUCUAAUAUUGGUAACCGCCCGAUGCGGUUUUCGUACUGCUGUGAGUGCGUGGAGACAGUUGCAGUCUCGGCCGCCUGGGGGAGCAGCCGGGUGCCCGCCUGAGACGGUGGCGUGUGGCGUGUGGGUUUUGCCUUUCUUCAGGACGCAUGCGUGACGCGGAGCGAGGUAUUGUUUACACGCACUGCACGUAGAAGCAUGAGGCUCGGCUUGGGCCAGCGAUGGCGCCUGCGCGUUUUCCCAGGCAGCCACCGCAACUAAAGCAUUGCGUGCAUGUGACUCCGGGUUGUGCAACUUAUACCGCAUGACAGGGUGGGACCAAGGCAGGAGACGUACGGAGUGCGCAAUACUUGCACUGCUGGCAUAGGGGCCUGGAUUGACUUUUGCGCACGGCACGGUCGCACGGUGCGUGACGCCAUUGUGCGUGUCAUAACAACGAGCCAGGGAUGUGGGGACGGCAAUGUGAGGACUUAAAUGCAAGAGCUGUGAGCGCGGCAGGGGUGAGAAGCACGGGUGAGGGGCGAGAGUUGGAUGCGGGUGGAGGGCGGAGGAAGACUGGCACCGUGCCAGGUGCCCAUGCGGCGAGUGUGCCGACAGAAACGUUGGAUGGGCUGCGACUGAGCCGAGCGCUGCUGGCAUGGCUUAUCAAAUCAAAGCUGGCUCCAACCCGAAACCUUGAUCUUCUACUUGUCGGUACGGCCAGCCAGUAAACAAAUUAAAGUGGCUUGGACCAAUACACGACGUCAUCACCUCGACCUUGUCCGUUUGAACUGUGUGGCCAUGGAUCGAUGUGUACAGCAGUGCCUCGGCUGUGCGUUGGAAAGUACUCGUGUGGUUUUGGUGCGGUUGUGCCUUUCGUACACCGCACGGCAUGUUGCCCCCAAUGAAAGUGUUGCUUCUAAUCGCUUUGCAAGUACAGUAUUGGUGAGAGGCAUGGAAUGAGAGCGAGCGUCUCCGGGAGGCUUGUGGAGAUGCAACGUUGAUUUGAGGUAGAUGCUUUGAUGGGUGGCGCUCGAAGGCGGCGAUACAGGUGCAUUAUAAGGAUUCGGGUGAUAGGUGAAGUGUGACAAGAAAGAUCCGUAUGACGUGCGACAAGUGUUCCCGAUGCCUUGCCCGAUGCUGCGUUCCGCUGCUGCUGGAAUGCAGUAGAUUGCAUUUGCAUGGGGACGAGCAGUGACAUGCAAAGUCUCUCCCACAGGAGCUGAAAUGUAAUAUACACGCACG